AUGGAAGACGUGGAAGAGUAUGUAGAUGCCAAUGAAAUCGAUAAUAACUUAUCACUAAAAUUUAAUUUGAAAUUGUAUUUUAAGGAGUUCUGGCUUGCAAUUACAACUGCUCUAGUUUGUUUAUUGGCUAUAGUUCAGUCCUCUUUUGUGCCACUUAACCUUAAUGAGGACUUAGGAGCACACAUUCUCCUAAUUCCGGCACAUUUUUUCUUUAGACAUGUACGCUCUUUUGUCGUUUUGUUUGUCAUCUUUGCGUCUGCUAAUAAGACCGCAAUGCUUUUCGAAUCAAAACGAUCGACAGUAAAGGUUAAAAUUCUGCUUCACUACUUUAUAAUCUCAGGAAUUACACUCGUCUUAACACUUUGCGCGGGUUACUUGAUAAUAAUGAGGAGAAAUCCCACCGCCGAUACCCUUUUCUUUUCAAAAUAUGUCGAUUUAAACUACAGACCGUUCGACAACUUUAUUAGAUUCUUCAGGGGUCUGUUCGUUCACGACUUGCCCGGAAACGUGCUCACGACUAGGCUGGACCACUACAACGAGUUCGGCACGGUUAAGCUGAGCAAGGGUCUGGGAGACGGCUACAACGCACCCGGGUUCAUCAUCUUCGGCGCAAUAAUCGCUUUUUCGACGUAUUUUUUGGGCAAGGACGGCGAGAUUCUUCGCAACCUCAUUCAGCUUAUUCACAGAAGCAUGCUUGCAAUAUACUGGAUUCUGCUUUGCUACAGUCCUAUCGCCCUUUACUUCGGCGGCAUUGUCCAGUUCGACAUCAUCAGGAGGGAGAAGCUGUACGGCUUCCUCAUCAUCAGGUACAUGUUGCUUCUUACCUCCGUCGUCUUCAUCGCACUGCUGCAAAUUUUCGUAAUCCUGCCCUGCUUUCACUUCGUCAGGACCAGGAAGUUCGGCUACGAUGUGAUAUUCAGGCUCUCCGCGCUUUUUCCUUCCGCAUUCGUCGAGGGCUCAACCGUCAGGAUGGUUGAAAGGACGAAGCAGUACCUCAAGAGCAGGAGGUUCAGCAGUGAGGCCGUUGACAGCUACUUGAACUACUGUACACUAAUAAAUGGCGCUGGAGUCGUAUCGGGAUUCGCCAUCAACGCUAUCUUUUCACUCAAGCUGUACAGCAUCGACUUCGACUGGGCAGUGGUAAUAAAGAUUAUAUUCACUUCAAUGCUCAUGUCCGUCCCCGCGACUGAGUUCAUUCAGGGCUACAUGUUCGGGAUCAUUUUCUUCUUAAACUCAUCCAUGAUUAACCCCGACUUCAUAAUGGUCAUUUUAGUCGCAGACUGGCUAAUGGACAGGGUGAGGGUGAUUUCAAACGUGGUUGCCGACGCACUCACGAUCGACUACAUCGAGUCCAUGAACAAAACGUCGACCACCAGCACUCAAAGUCUCUAA